AUGCAUAGUCAUGACCAGGAUACGAGCCUCUCCGCGGCGCGGUAUACAGUUGGGUGGAUAUGUGCCCUGCAAGCAGGUUAUGAAUGUGCCUGUCGGAUGUUAGACGAGAAACUUGAUGGCCCCAGCAUCAACGAGGCCAACGACAACAACACGUAUGUAUUCGGUCGCAUCGCUGGCCAUUAUGUGACCAUAGCUUGUUUGCCAGCUGGUAUAUACGGUACCAGUUCGGCAGCCGCUGUCGCGAAAGACAUGGCUCGCUCAUUCCCCAAUCUGCAGUUUGUCUUGAUGGUUGGAGUCGGCGGUGGUGCACCCACGCCUGAAAGAGACAUCCGCCUGGGCGAUGUAGUGGUGAGCCAACCGCAAGGAACGCUGAAUGGAGUUGUACAGUAUGAUCUGGGAAAACAGUUACCAAACAACUUAUUCCAGAGGACUGGAGUUCUUAAUUCCCCUCCAGCUGUGCUCCUGGGCGCAAUACCUGAGAUUCGCAGACGCCACAAUGAUCCUCGCAGAACGGAUCAAAUCGCCCAACAUAUCAGACGCAUGGAUGAUAUGCCAAAAUAUCGACGACCGCAACAUGACAUGCUCUAUAAUUCUGAUUACCUGCACCAAGGUGGAAAGACGUGCGAGUGCUGUGCAGACGAUCAACUCGUACAGCGCGUUGACCGUUCAUCAAAUAGCCGAGAAGUGUCCAUCCACUAUGGGAUCAUUGCUUCCGGAAACUCAGUAGUAAAGGAUCCCAGGAUAAGGGAUAAAUAUGCAAAAGAUCCCGAUCUAAACAUACUCUGUUUUGAGAUGGAAGCAGCCGGGGUGAUGAAUAACUUCCCGUGCCUUGUGAUCCGUGGUAUCAGCAACUAUUGCGACUCGCAUAAAAACGACGAGUGGCACAAUUAUGCUGCUUUAGCGGCGUCGGCUUAUGCGAGGGAGCUGCUCUUGGUUUUAAAACCAAGGAAAAUUCAUGUUUUGCCUUCAUGGACUGAGGCUCCGGAACAAGUAAACGAUAGCAUAUCCAAAGUGAAUACAUCCGUUGAACGUUUAGAAGAAGGACGUUUAUGGGAGGAUAUCAACAGAUGGAUGUCAGCUCCAGAUGUCUCGACCAACCUGAACAAUGCCAUCAGUAAGCGAUUCCAAGGAACUGGAUCGUGGCUUCUCAACUGCAAAUCUUUCCAGGAGUGGAAAUUUGGCAGUAAGAGGGCCCUUUGUAUCUUUGGAAAACCAGGUUGUGGCAAAACCAUCCUCAGUUCAACAGUUAUCGAACACCUCCACGCGGAGGCAGAUCGAUCUUCAGAGGUCGUUCUUGAAUUCUUUUUCGACUUCCGAGACAUUAACAAGCAGACCGUUGAUAAAAUGACUCGCUCUCUGAUCAUGCAAUUAUAUACCGCAUCUGAUACCUCUCGCGCAGAGCUCGAAGGAUUGUUUUCCAAGUGCAACGAUGGCUACCUCCAGCCCCCCAAAAAGGCUCUAUUCGACACCCUGGUAAACAUGCUGAAAUGCGGCACCAAAAUAAAAGUUGUAAUCGAUGCUCUGGAUGAAUGCAAUGAAAGAGGCGAACUUAUUGAGUGGACGCGAAGACUCAUUGCUCUUUCAAAUACAACAACUAGUUUCAUCUUCACCAGCCGCCAGGAAGAAGACAUCACGUCAGGUCUCAAGAGCUGCAUCUCAGAGGAUGACUGGAUAUGCAUACAGCAGGGCCCGGUCGACGAGGACAUCCGCUCCUACACUCGCGGAAUCAUCUAUGGAGAUAACGAGUUCCGCCGGUGGCGAUCGAGGCCGUCGAUGCUAGAAAGUAUUGAAGUCGAGAUUAUGAAAAAGGCCAAUGGAAUGUUUCGAUGGGCAGCGUGUCAACUUGACGUUCUGAAAGACUGUAUCAGUCCUAGAGAUCUGAAGGACUCUCUCGCAUCCAUGCCCGAGACACUGGACGAGACAUAUGCUCGGAUUCUCCGAGGAAUCAAAAAAAUACAUCGUGCAGAUGCUAUACGGAUUCUACAGUUCCUGGUUUAUGCAGACGAGCCCUUGACAGUGGAGCAAUUAGUCGACGCCAUGGUUGUCGACCUCUCUGGUGAUGGCCAUUUUGAUCCUGACAUGCGGCUACCGGUUCCCGAAGAAAUCUUGACAAUUUGUUCGAGUCUAUUGCAAGUAGUGCCGAAACGUGAGAUGAGAAUUGUUACGGGCGGCCCCCAAAGGCUCACACGAAUGGAGGUUCAUCUUGCCCAUUUCUCAGUCAAAGAGUAUCUGUUAUCGAAUCGUGUCGAGGAGACGUGUCUGCCAGGUCUACGAAGUGUCGAGGCGAGAAUGGCGAUCGCGCAGGUUCUAUUGACAUACACGGUACACAUUGGCCGUGAUGUCCCGAAGAAGGAUAUAACAUGUUUUACUCGCUCAUACUUAGGCGCCCGGCCACAUAUACCUGGUCCAUUAUUUCAUGAACUUGACUUCUCAUUUCCUCUCGCAACAUACGCUGCAUCAAAUUGGCUGUCUUAUGCAAGAUCUGUAGAAGAUCUUUUGCUGGACCGGAUUUUGCAAUUUUUCUGCGAGGAUACAGAGGCCUUCAACAAAUGGUGCCUUUUCUAUAUAGAAGAUGAGCAUAUACACUAUUUCCACAAUCCAGGCCCAUUGUACUGUGCGUCGAACGCUGGGCUCAUCCGGACUGUACAAGCACUGUUACGAAAAGGAGCUAAUGUCGAUGGAAACAGCACUGAAACAGGAUUUUCUACCCCACUCGGUGCUGCUUGUUAUCGGGGUUACGAGAGCAUUGUGAGAAUCCUGCUUAAGCACGGAGCUGACCCUAAUCGAAAAUCAUAUGGCUACCGUUCAUAUCCGCUAGAGCUUGCAGCGGAACAAGGUCAUGCCAAGAUUGUUCAACUUUUAGUUGAUUGUGGAGCAGAUAUCAAGCUGCACAAUGAACUCAGGAACAGUGCAAUUGAGGCUCCUGCGCAAGACGAUCACCAAGAAGUAGUCCGCACAUUGCUUCGUCUUGGAGCUGGCGUGAACGGAUAUGAUGGGAAUUCAGGCGCUGGUCUGGUCAAUGCCUCAGAAAAUGGCCACCAACAGAUGGUCCAGAUUCUGAUUGACCACGGCGCUGAUGUGAAUCUCCCCGGUCCCUAUGGUACUGCAAUCGCUGCUGCUUCUCUGAAUGGCCAUAAGAGCGUUGUACAUCAGUUGCUGCAGAACGGAGCUGAUAUAAAUGUACCUGGAAGCAUUGGCACUGCAAUUUCGGCGGCUGCAAUGGGUGGGCAUGAAGAUAUUGUUCGAGUAUUGCUCCGCCACGGUGCUAAUGUCAAUAUCCCAGACGACUCCGGGCGGACCGCUCUUUUACAUGCCUCUGAAGCAGGACAUGAAGAACUCGUGCAGUUGUUACUCGAACAUGGAGCCGAUGUGAACAUAAGUCAUCACGGUGAAACUGCGCUCACAGCGGCUGCUUCAGGCGGACAUGAGAAGAUUGUACGGACGUUGCUUCUUCAUGGAGCCCGCGUCAGCGUUGGAGGGGAUAUUAUUACCGGUACACCCAUUCAGGCUGCUGCUGGGAGCGGACACAUUGGAAUUAUCCAUCUUUUGAUUGAUCAUGGCGCUAGAGUAGAUGGAGUGCAUGGCAGCAGCGCACUCCGAUCCGCUUCUGCAGGAGGCCAGCAAGAAGUUGUCCGAAUGCUACUGUCCCACGGCGCCGACCCCAAUGCAAGAAAUUCUGACAGUGGCACUGCGCUCCAGUCAGCAAGUUCCAACGGACAUACGGAUAUAGUUCGGUUGUUAAUUAACAGUGGAGCAAAUGUCAAAGCCGAGAAUGAUCUCGACCCCGAAGGCACAAGCCCCUACUAUAUCAUCCAUAAUGCUCUUCAUAAGGCAACAUCGGGUGGCCAUGGAGACAUAGCCCAUAUUCUUAUUGACCAUGGAAUCGACGUCGAUGCCCAUAAUCAUCGACAUGAGACUGCACUCCAGGUCGCCUGCAGUAAGGGAAACAGAAACCUCGUCGAACUCCUCAUCAGCCGCGGUGCCGAUGUAACCAUCCAGGGUGGCAGGCAAGGAAGGCCUCUCAGUAUAGCCUGCAUCAAAGGCUUCCAAGAGAUAACACAGAUCUUGAUUUCCAAUGGAGCUGAUGUCAAUGCACCCGACAGUGUUUACGGCACCGCUCUUAUCGCCGCCUGCACUCGAGGACGCACUGAUGCCAUUGCUCGAAUGUUGAUUGAGCAUGGCGCUGAUGUCAAUGCCCAGGGUGGCAGACACGGAUGUGCUCUUAAAGCUGCGACUCAUGCUCCUCAGAGCGAGGGACUUGUUCAGCUUCUCCGUGACAGUGGCGCCAUCAUGGUACAUGGGGAAAAGGAAGUCAUCACGUAA